GAAUAUGAGAAACCUUGAGAAGGGACCACGGAUGGAAGGAUUCCCCUUUCAGGAUCACCAAGUUCAAAUGGAUGCAGAGAACGUACAAAUUUCACCUCCGUAUUUCGUCCAAGUGGUGUUGCUGUACAAUAGCGACCUUAGGCGCAUGCGCCGUACAUCGCGCAGAGGCCGCAAAUACUGCAAUACAGGAGUCACAUCUGCCAUCGACUAAAAGCCAGAACUCGAGUUUUUAGUUACUACUACUUUAUUGUACGACAAAUCACAAGUAAUUUUUAAAUACAACUAAAUUGAAGUGGUGAAUUUACCAAAACAAAAACCGGUUGUCCCUGUCUUAUAUGACGCAGUUUCAACCUGGCGGCAAGUCAAUGACGCAAGCAAGUACGCUUCACGUUCUGCGGUUCGUAGGCUUGCACCCUCGUGCACUUUCCGUUGGUAGCCCACUGAGGGGCGGGCGUAGAGACUGGUACCAGUGUUUGGACAGAGCCUCGGAAGAUGUGGAACAGGAAGUGGGGGAGGAAGAAGAUGACAGCCUCUGAAGAUGACAGGAGCUGCCGAAGAGUAUCUCCUCCCAAACACAAAAGCUAACUGCGACAUGAACGCACGUACUCCCUCAUUUGUAAGGCGGCUCAGAAGUUCAGUCGCGACAGUACAGACAAACGAAUGAACACAGUAGCUUGGCACAUAUUGCUUCCGAGCGAGCGAGCGAGCGCCUUGACGAAAGGAACCAACACGCAGACACGCACGCACUCACGAUGCGAUGCCCCAGGUCUCUUCUUGGAAAGCACGGUACAAAUGUUGUGAUCUCUGACUGACGACUGGGCGAGACUCGAGUAAGAGAUGUCCAAACGAGCUCCGGCAGGCCGGGCCAAGGCGGAGCGAACGGACGCCGUGGGCACCCUUCAAGCCGCCAAUGAUGAGCUGAGAGCCAAACUGAUGGAUGUCCAGUUGGAACUUCAGCAGGAGAAAAACAAGGUCAGCCGUCUGGAGAGAGAGAGAAGUCAGGAACUCCGGGCGGAGCACCACCGCGCCACCGCCGCCAUGACGGAACUCAAAAGCAAACUCCAUGAGGAGAAGCAGAAAGAGUUAGCCGUUACCAGGGAGACAUUACUGCGGCAGCAUGAAAUGGAGCUGAUGAGAGUGAUCAAAAUCAAAGAUGGAGAGAUCCAGCGACUGAAUGCCUCGGUCCUCAGCCUGAGGGACGGCUCCAUGGACAAGGUGAGGAGCGGGGGCGCUUUGCUGGCGGAGGUGGAGGAGACGCGGCGGAGUUGGGAGACCGAGCGGUGUCGCCUCCACCAGGAGCUUCAGGAGCAACGCGGAGCAAAGAGGAGCGCGGAAGAAGCCCUGGCAGCGGCCCAGCAGGCCUGCCAGUCCCGAGCGGCCGAGCUCCGAUCGGCUCAUCACCAGCAUCGGGAGGAGCUGAGCCGAACCAAGAGAGACUGCGAGAGGGAGAUCCGCCGACUGAUGGAUGAGAUCAAGCUGAAGGACAGAGCGGUUAGUGUUUUGGAUAAAGCCCUGGGGCUACAGGCCGGCCACGCCCACCGCCUUCAGCUGCAGACUCAGGCUGCCGAGCAGCAGAUCGCCGCCCUGAGGGAUUCCCAAAGGGCGGGCCUAAACUAUCCUGGAAGUGGGGUCAACGCCGCUACUAGCAAUCCUCUUCAUAGCUCUCAGGAGGAUCGGGACACGCGAAGGUUUCAGCUGAAAAUCGCUGAGCUCAGCGCAAUCAUCAGGAAACUGGAGGAUCGAAACGCCCUGCUUUCUGAAGAGCGCAACGAACUGCUGAAGCGACUGAGAGAAACCGAGAGCCAGUUUCUGCCACUCCUGGACAAAAACAAACGCCUGAGCAGGAAGAAUGAAGAACUCUCGCUGGUGCUGUGUCGCCUUGAAAACAAAGUGCGCUUUGUCACCCAGGAGAACGAGGAGAUGGCAAGCUUGAGAAGGCCUAGUUCGCUCAAUGACCUGGACCGCGGUUGCGGCCAGCAGGACGGUGAAAUGGAGUUUCUGCGCCUUCAAGUUGUGGAGCAGCGGCACAUCAUCGACGACUUGUCCAAGGCUCUGGAGACAGGAGCUCACGUCAGAAAUGUCAUUGAAAGAGAUUUGGUGCUACGAUACCGACGUCGAGAAUCUCUGAGGAGGAAACGGAGCGUGAGGUCCUGCAAGGUCAUCGAAACAUUUUACGGCUACGACGAAGACGUGUCGGUGGACUCGGACGGAUCGUCCUUGUCGUUUCACACCGACAGAACCCCCGACACGGAACCCGAAGAGGGGUGUGUGCGUGAGGAGGCGGAGCUUCGCUACCGCCAGCUGACGCAAGAAUAUCAAGCGCUGCAACGAGCCUACGCUCUGCUAGCCCAGACCAGCGGAGGGGACUACGACGCCGAGAAGGAGAUCAAGACCAGAGAACAGCUGAUGGUUGAAAUGGGUCACUAUCAAAGCAGAGUGGCAGAUCUGGAGUCAGCGCUGAAACAACAAGGACAGAAUGUCAAGUGGGUGGAGGAGAAGCAGCUGCUGCGUCAGAGCAAUCAGCAGUUGGCCGAAAAGGUCAGGCGGAUGGAGGCGGAAGAAGCGCGUCUGAAAGAGCACAUCCAGGAUAUCCGAGACCAAAACGAACUGCUUGAGUUCCGCAUCCUGGAGCUGGAGGAGAGGGAGUGGCGCUCCCCCGUCUUGAAGUUCCAGCAAGUCCGUUUCCCAGACGGCCUCAGCCCUUUGCAGAUCUACUGCGAGGCCGAGGGCGUGAGCGACAUCGUCAUCAGUGAUCUGAUGAAGAAGCUGGACAUCCUGGGCGAUAACGCCGUAAGUAAUCUCACCAACGAGGAGCAGGUGGUCGUGAUUCACGCCAGGACCCUUCUCACCCUAGCCGAGAAGUGGUUAGAAUCCAUCGAAGGGACCAAGUCAGCACUUCAACAGAAGAUGUUGGACAUUGAAAGUGAGAAGGAUAUGUUCUGCAAGCAGAAGGGCUACCUGGAUGAAGAGUUGGACUUCAGGAAGCGUUCCAUGGACCAGGCUCAUAAGAGGAUCCUGGAGCUGGAGGCCAUGUUGUACGAGGCGCUACGGCAGCGGGACUGCCCCGCCACGGACGGCGAAAAGGCCAGCCACGCUGGCGUGAAUGACGUGCUGACGGCGGAUCAGAGAGAAGAGCUUAGGAGCGCCGUGGACCAAUGGAAGCGAGCCCUGAUGUGCGAGUUGAGGGAGCGCGACGCUUGCAUCCUCCAAGAGAGAAUGGAUCUGCUGCACAGCGCGCAACAGAGGAACAAAGAGCUGAAAGAAUUCAUCGAAGCUCAGAAGAGACAAAUCAAACAAUUGGAGGAGAAGUUUCUGUUUCUCUUUCUAUUCUUCUCCUUGGCCUUCAUUCUGUGGCCUUAACACCAGCUGUGUGCGGCAUCCUGCGACCAAAAACGCAGCCAACCCCAAAGCGGUUGACCUCAACGUCCCACCACCAUGCCUACCAGAGCAGGUCAAGUGAUGCUUUGGACAUCCUCCCGUCUCAGAUGCCCAAAAGUACUCUUUGCCACAUCUGCGGAAAUCUGGUGUCUUUUCAAAGGUGCAAAUAAAGCCAGCGUGGGCGGAACAUGCACGGCUUUGGUUUUUCUCGCUUUGUUUGUGCGACAGCUGUUGUGAAAAUUUUAUACAAAUAAAGAUGUAUUGUAUAGUA